AUGACUCUUUCUACGCUCACGCCUCUAACUUUGUUCUCACACCUCUCGUUCACCACGGUCAUCUCAAGCUUCGACGUUUUGGCGGCUGGCACGAAUCCCAAGUCGAGCCGUAUAUCACCCCAACUGACCGCUGCAAUCCCUGCAAAUUUCCAAGCCGUUAUCGAACGAGUGAAGACACUGCGAACCGGGUCUGAGUUGCGCAAUUUAGUCGACCAAAUGGCGUCUCAACUUCUCCCUCUUGAACUCAUCGACAAGUGUGUCGGAUCGAGAAUCUGGGUUGUCAUGAAGGGUGACAAGGAAUUCAGCGGCACUCUCCUUGGCUUCGAUGACUACGUCAACAUGGUUUUGGAGGACGUUACCGAGUUUGACUACUCUGGAAACCACACCAAGCUCCCGAAGAUUCUUCUGAACGGCAACAACAUCUGCAUGCUCAUUCCCGGCGGAGAGGGACCCGUACCUGUAACCGUAUAG